AUCUCUCUGAUCGAUUUUCUCUGCUAGGCACUACAAGCAGCGUGGAUCCUGUUCCGUCUGUGUUGCCGGCAGAUUGCAUCACUGACUUGACGAUGUCUGAUAUUUCUGUGCUGCUCGCACACGCCGAACAAGCGGAGGCGGAGAUAAAGAAACUCGAGGAGGAGAUAGCCACCCUCCAGGACCCCCAGAAACUGUUGGCUGAGGGGGUUGUGUCUCCAGCUUUAGAGGCCCUGCAGAAUGAAAAUGCCAAACUUAAAUACCAGAUUAACACGUUGAAAAAGAGUGUAGCUGCUGAGAAGAGCAGGAAACCCGAUUACAUGAUGAGCAUCAGUACCAUCGUGGCGGAUGUGUUUGGACUCGCCAUACGUAAGGCAUUUCCUGGAAUAGAAAAUCCGCUCACCAUGAUUCAGGGAAGCUCCAAGUUUGCAGACUAUCAGUGUAACAGUGCCAUGAGUAUCGCAAAGAUAUUAAAAGAGAUGGGGCAGGGAGCCAGUCCAAGAGAAAUAGCAGAUAAAAUCGUACAAAACCUCCCACAAAACGAAUAUUUUGAAAAGGUAGAAGUACAAGGGCCUGGGUUCAUCAACAUCUUCCUCAACAAAGCCUUUGUAUCUGACCAGAUAAGCGAACUGUUGACCAGAGGUGUGAAACCACCUAGAGUGGGGGUCAGGAGGAGAGCGGUAGUGGACUUCUCCUCCCCAAAUAUAGCCAAGGAAAUGCAUGUUGGUCAUCUAAGGUCUACGAUAAUUGGUGAGAGUGUUUGUCGUCUGCUAGAAUGGGUCGGCCAUGAUGUUUUGAGGAUUAAUCAUGUAGGGGACUGGGGCACUCAGUUUGGUAUGCUAAUUGCUCAUCUGAAGGACCAAUUCCCUAACUACAAUGUGGUGUCACCUCCAAUUCAGGACCUCCAAGCUUUCUACAAGGAAUCCAAAGCUCGGUUUGAUGCUGAUGAAGCUUUUAAAAAGAGAGCUUAUGAGGCGGUGGUGAAAUUACAAAGUUAUGACAAAGACCAUAUCAAUGCCUGGAAACUUAUCUGUGAUGUGUCCAGGAAAGAGUUUCAGAGUAUAUAUGAUCGCCUUGGAGUGACUCUCAUUGAGAGAGGAGAAUCGUUUUAUCAAGAGAUGAUGAAAGAUGUUGUCAGGCUAAUUGACGAGAAAGGUAAACUAGAAGAAGAAGAGGGACGCAAAAUAAUGUAUGUCAAAGGCUUGUCGGUACCAUUGACGAUUGUCAAAUCCGAUGGAGGAUUUACGUAUGACACGUCUGAUUUAGCGGCCAUUAAACAACGUCUCCAUGACGAAAAGGGGACCUGGUUGAUAUACGUCGUUGAUUCAGGACAAGGAUCCCACCUCCAAACCGUGUACGCUGCUGCGAAAGAGUUGGGCUGGUAUAACAGCAAGCUGACGCGUGUAGAACACGUAGCCUUUGGAGUGGUGUUAGGCGAGGACGGGAAGAAGUUCAAAACCCGAUCAGGGGAGACGGUGCGGCUGGUGGACUUGUUGGAUGAGGGGAUUAGCAGAGCAGAGCAGAAACUGAUAGAGAAGGGGAGAGACAAGGAAUUGACAAAGGAGGAGAUGGAAGCUGUGAAGAAAGCGGUUGCCUAUGGUUGCAUUAAAUACGCCGAUCUGUCACACAACAGAAACCACGACUAUGUCUUCUCGUUUGACAAGAUGCUGGACGAUCGUGGAAACACAGCUGCCUAUUUGCUUUAUGCUUACACUAGGAUAAGAUCAAUAGCAAGGAAUUCUAAUGUUUCGCAAGAAGACUUACAAAAGUCAGCCAGUAGUACAAAGAUAGCACUGGAACAUCCCAAGGAGCUGAAACUGGCAAAGUGUCUGUUGAGGUUACCCGAAGUCAUUCUCCGUUGCCUUGACGACCUACUCUUACACACACUCUGUGAAUAUCUGUAUGAACUGUCCAACACCUUCACCGAGUUCUACGACAAUUGUUACUGCAUCGAGAAAGAUAAAGCAACUGGAGCGAUUGUGAAAGUCAACAUGAGUCGUCUUCUGCUUUGUGAGGCUACAGCUAAUGUCAUUGCAACCGGAUUCAAUAUCCUGGGAAUCAAUCCAGUACAGAAAAUGUGACCACCUGGCUGACUUUGAGAAUUUAAUGUAUUUCUAAAAUCAGAAUAAUAACCUUGGGAAUAAAUGUAUCGCUGUAUUUUGGUCUUCAUAAUCUACUACUGGGAUAGACAACAAUGGGCUUGAUUCUUUUCCCACUUUUCAAACAUUUCUGUAGUGGGCUGACAACAGACAGGUUGCAGGCUUUAACAUUUUUACACGUGAUGUUGUGCCUGUCCUAAUCUUUACAACCUGGGCUUUCUUUGUUUAUAUCAAGUACAUGUUAUUGACGACAAAUACAUUUUUUUCAAUUGA